ACGGAGCACGUACCACUCUGGGUAACGGCCGCAAAAGCCAAGUAUAGUUUAGGCUGCGACGUUCAGAAUCCAAUGACAUGAUCAUGGCCUAAAUGAGUUUGAAAACACCAUGGACUCUGCCACCAUCGCUCGCCGGCAUCCCCGCAGUAUCCGGGUUCUACAACCCAUACUACGUGCGUAUGCACUUGGCUAUUUGUCUUCAACCACUCCGAAAGUAAUAACCUGUCUUCGGCGACUUCGGGGGCAUGACUUGAGCUUGGGGGAGAAACUCAAAGAGUUGUCCGGUACCUUGACAAGUACAAUACGACCGGAUGCUUUUCCAACGUUCUGUGCUCUUCUUGUAGGGGGGUCAACGGUCUUUCCUUUGCUCCUCUUCCGGUGCCUUGCGCAUCUGCAUCGUAGGCUGGGUUCUACAUUCCGUCCAUUCAAUGCAACAACAUCUAUGCGACUGCUUCGACUUGUCUCUGCUCUUCUAUCUGCUUGGUUCGGCUUUAACCUCCUAAAUCGAAGGCCCAUUAGAGUACAAGGAGCUUAUGGCCAAUGUCAAGGCACUACUGAAUCAAAUAAUGCUGCAGGCCAGGACAAAUUCAGUCUGGAGCCGCAUAGCCGCCCCCAGUUUGCAGGUAGGACCAUGGAUCUCACCCUCUUCAGCCUUACAAGAGCAGCGGAUUUGAUGGUUUUCACGGGUUGGGCACAGUGGAAGCGUUGGCGGAAGUCCAAAAAUCAGUGGACUAUAGCAGAGCGUGUCGCUCCUAAGCUCGCAGAUUCGGGAAUGUUUGCCACCAGUGCAGCGAUAGUGAUGUGGGCAUGGUUCUACAUGCCCGAAAGACUACCAAAAUCCUAUGGUAAAUGGAUCGGAGAAGUAGCAAAUGUGGAUGGCCGCCUGGUCGAAGCACUUCGCCGUGCUAGAAGAGGAAACUUUGUAUACGGAAAAGACACCGGCCAAGCAUCCCUUCUUCAGCCAAUGUGCGAAGAAUACGAUUGGCCCAUGGAAUGGGGAGACCCUUCCAAGACCAUCCCCAUUCCGUGCGAGAUGGUCCACAUGGGCAGUGGUCCUAGCUGCGAGAAACAUGCCGUGUCUCGAUUUGCCCGAACGUUUAAGUUUGCCUGUGCGACCUACAUCCCUCUACAGGUUGUCCUUCGCCUCCGGUCGAUGAAGUCCGUGGCAUCCCUGAGACAACCCGUAUCCGCCGGGUUGCGCUCAUCUGCUUUUCUCGCUUCAUUUGUGAGCCUAUUCUACUACUCGGUCUGUCUAGCAAGAACAAGGAUCGGACCCCAGAUAUUUCGCCGCGCUACUGUAACUCCCUUGAUGUGGGACUCCGGGCUCUGUGUUGGCGCCGGAUGUAUGAUGUGCGGUUGGAGUAUACUUGUUGAGAACGCAAGGAAGCGACAGGAGAUCGCAUUGUUUGUGGCACCCAGGGCUGCCGCAACGGUUUUGCCGAGACUCUAUGACAAACAGUAUCAAUACCGGGAACGCAUUGCCUUUUCCAUCAGCGCCGCCAUCCUUUUGACCUGUCUCCAAGAGAAGCCUGAGAUGGUUCGGGGUGUAUUUGGCCGAAUUGGUAGAAGCGUGUUGAUGACGUGACGGAGUGCGAGUCUUAUCUGUAUGUCUAUUAUUAUUAUUACUUUCAUUUCCUUUCGCUGUAACUUUACAUGGUAUCAUUAGAAAUUCCGAGCUGCAUUAUUAUGCCAUCGUUAGUCGUUGAGUCUGA